AGCUGCGUGACAUUCACACUCGGCAGACACUGAUCACGCUGUGCACGUCCAUGGCGCAACCAGAUCGCUACUAAUAUCACCCAGAAAACAUCAGAGAUGAUCCUCAGCGCGUUUACCGGACCCCGUCGUGCCUUUGCUGCGUUCGCAGCGCAGUGCCGCCGGCAGGUGUUCGACACCGGAAGCCGGCGCAGGUUGUGUAACAAGCCGCCGGAGAGCGUGUCGGAGCCGCGCCCCAACGUACCGACUCCAGCGGCAGCCCCCGUGCGCCCGGCAUACAAGCUGCCCGGAUACAGGCCCACUGAAUUUGAUAAAAAGAUUCUUAUCUGGGCCGGCCGCUUCAAGACCAAGGAGCAGAUUCCAGAGCUGGUCUCGUUUGAGAUGAUUGACGCCGCCAGGAACCGGGUUCGAGUGAAGGCCUGUUACGUCAUGAUGGCCAUGACCAUCCUGUCCUGCCUGGCCAUGGUCGUCCUGGGAAAACAGGCCGCAGGGAGGCAUGAGUCCCUGACGAGCUGGAACAUGGAGAAGAAGGCACGCUGGAGGGAGGAGAUGCAGAGGGAGAAGGAGGCGGCCGUCACCAUGGAGAAACCUCAGUGAACUCCAGCCUCCUGUGCAGCUCCCUGCCUGUCUUCAUUAUAUCGCCCUCUUUUGGCAGAGUGAGGCACUGCAGCACUGGUAGUUAGCGGUACACAGUGUGUCUCAGGGCCUCUGGCAGCAUUUUCCACCAGUAAACACACAUUCAGCCGUUUUUUUUUCAAUAAAAUGGAUCAGUAAAUGCA